AUCCCACAGCAUUGUUUGGUUGGUUUUUAGAUCAUUUUGUGUGUUGAUAUUUGGAGAGUUCACAUUGAAAGCAGACUAAGGCAACGCCAGAGCUCUGCUGUUGCCUCGAAGAGAGAAGCUGUCAUCAUUUGGGUAAGGAAGACACAGACGGAAGGAUGGCAGUGCAAAAGGAGGAUGUGGAAAAGUUCCUCAGAGGGAACCCAGCUUUUGCUCAGGGAUACUUUGCCAAGAAGAUGAACCAAAAUGCCAUAUCCAAGAUUUCAGGACUUCCGGAGAAACAGGUGGACUUCAGCCAAUUUCAGGAGCUUAGUCAGGUGGAGGAGAGUCGCAUCAUGUACGAUCUGAUCAAAGACAUGCAGGAGAACAUCAACAUGGAAAAAGUAGUCUUCAAGAUCCUCAAGAGAAUCAGCGCAUUGAUCCACGCUGACCGCUGCAGCUUGUUCAUGUACCGGCAGAGGAACGGCAUCGGCGAGCUGGCCACCAGACUCUUCAACGUGAACACGCAGUCCGAGCUGGAAGAGUGCGUCGUGCCGCCCGAUUCGGAAAUAGUCUACCCAUUAGACUUAGGGAUAGUCGGUCACGUAGCCCAGACCAAGAAGACAGUCAAUGUGAAAGACGUCAAUGAGAAUCAGUACUUCAGCUCGUUCGCUGACGAGCUCACGGACUACAAGACGAGGAAUGUUCUCGCUACGCCGAUUCUAAACGGCAAAGACAUGGUGGCCGUGAUCAUGGCACUCAACAAGACCACCGGGCCGCAUUUUACGAAUGAAGAUGAAGACCUGUUUUUAAAGUACCUGAAAGUUGCCAGUUUGAACUUAAAGAUUUUUCACCUGAGUUACCUCCACAACUGCGAGACACGUAAAGGACAGCUGUUGCUAUGGUCAGCCAACAAAGUCUUUGAAGAGCUGACCGACAUUGAGCGACAGUUCCACAAGGCCUUGUAUACAGUGCGAGCCUACCUGAACUGUGACCGCUAUUCGGUGGGCUUACUUGACAUGACCAAAGAAAAGGAAUUCUUUGAUGUAUGGCCAGUUUUAAUGGGAGAACAGCCACCUUAUUCUGGGCCUCUUACUCCUGAUGGAAGGGAAGUACAUUUCUACAAAGUCAUCGAUUAUAUAUUACACGGGAAGGAAGACAUCAAAGUAAUACCUAAUCCACCAGCAGACCAUUGGGCCUUGAGUAGCGGCUUGCCUACUUAUGUUGCGGAAAGUGGCUUUAUUUGCAAUAUCAUGAAUGCGGGAGCAGAUGAGACAUUUAGUUUCCAGACUGAAGCGUUGGACAGCAGCGGAUGGACCAUAAAGAAUGUCCUCUCCCUGCCGAUCGUCAAUAAAAAAGAAGAGAUUGUCGGCGUGGCUACCUUUUACAACAGAAAAGAUGGAAAGCCUUUUGACGAUCAAGAUGAGCAGCUUAUGGAGGCUUUGACCCAGUUCUUGGGCUGGUCAGCUUUAAAUACGGACACCUACGAUAAGAUGAAUAAGCUGGAGAACCGCAAAGACAUUGCCCAGGACAUGGUGCUCUAUCACGUUAAAUGUCGGAACGAUGAAAUCCAAAAUAUCCUGAACACACAGGAGGUCUACGAUUGUGAACCGUGGGAGUGUGAAGAAGAGGAGCUUCAAGAUAUCUUGAAAAAAGACUUGCCUCCUCUGAUAAAGAAAUUUGAGAUCUACGAGUUCCGUUUUUCGGAUUUCAAUUGCACAGAAACAGAACUUGUCAAGUGCGGAAUUCAGAUGUACUAUGAAGUCGGUGUGGUCAAGAAGUUUCAGAUCCCUCAAGAGGUCUUGGUUCGUUUCAUGUAUUCUGUUAGUAAAGGCUACAGGAGAAUCACCUACCAUAACUGGCGUCACGGCUUCAACGUGGGACAGACCAUGUUCACACUCUUGACGACGGGUAUGCUGAAGAGGUACUAUACAGAUUUGGAAGUCAUGGCCAUGAUUACAGCUGGCUUCCUUCAUGACAUUGACCACAGAGGGACAAACAACUUGUACCAGGUCAAGUCAGGUAACCCUCUAGCCAAGCUGCAUGGAUCGUCCAUCUUGGAACGACACCAUCUAGAGUUUGGAAAAUUUCUCUUGUCUGAUGAGUCACUGAACAUCUACCAGAACCUAAACAGGCGACAGGUUGACCACGUUAUUCACCUUACAGACAUCGCCAUCAUCGCCACUGAUCUCGCUCUAUACUUCAAAAAGAGGACCAUGUUUCAGAAGAUCGUGGACCUUUCGCACACGUAUGAGGACGAAAAGAAGUGGGUUGAUUUCAUGUCGUUGGAGACAACCAGGAAAGAGAUAGUCAUGGCCAUGAUGAUGACUGCUUGCGAUUUGUCUGCCAUCACCAAGCCUUGGGAGGUGCAAAGCAAGGUUGCCUUGUCUGUGGCGGCAGAGUUUUGGGAGCAAGGUGACCUGGAGAGGACAGUACUGGAACAACAACCCAUUCCCAUGAUGGACAGGAACAAAGCAGCAGAGCUCCCAAAACUCCAAUGCGGUUUCAUCGACUUUGUUUGCACAUUUGUCUAUAAGGAGUUUUCCCGCUUCCACCCACAAAUCCAGCCCAUGCUUGAUGGAAUCCUGAACAAUAGGAAGGAGUGGAACGCCAAAAAAGAAGAGUAUGAGGCAAAACUCAAAGUUAUAGAGGACCAGAAAGCCGCCAAGCAAGCAGCUGCUGCCAGUAAAGCGGAUAACGCCGGCGGAGGCUCAAAGACAUGCUCGGUGUGCUGAAAAAGUCAACCAGAAUUUGAUGACUACUUUAGACACUGCCAAGGAGGGAGAUGGAUGUACAGUAUGUAGAAUUUCUGCAGGAAAAUUGGUGCUUUUGAGAAAGGAAGGCAAGAGAAGUAACUGCUAGUCUUCAAGAAAUAUUUACACAUUUGGACUAUUUAAAUGCAUAUGUACAUACAGAAUGUGUUUCCCCAAUUGUACAGAUGACUUUUGGGUUGCUAAUCAAUUCUAGCAAAAGAGUGAACAUGUAAAUACACUAUUGUCAUGAAAAAAUCAUUUGUUUUAUUUUUUUAAACAACUAACAAAUUGCCGUAAUUUUCAGACAAUAAGGCACACCAGACUAUAAGCCGCCACCAGGGGUGAAAGUGGGCCGGAACGGUCCGGAACACUGUUCCGUUAUAAAAUUCGGGUGCGGAACGGUGCUUUGAUCCCGAAAAAAUGACAGCAACUGUCAAACAUCCAUGUUAAUAAAAAACAAAAAGAACAGCCAGGCUGCCACACACGCAUCUCCGAGAACAAAACAGUCUCCUAACUUCAGAUUUACAGUGUAUCACAAAAGUGAGUGCACCCCUCGCAUUUCUCCAGCUAUUUAAGUAUGUCUUUUCAUGGGACAACAUUGACAAAAUGACACAAUGAAAACUAGUCUGUGUGCAGCUCAUGUAAUAAAAGUUCAUUUAUUAUCCCCUAAAAAUAUAGCCAUUAAUUUCUAAACCCCUGGCAACAGAGGUGAGUACACCCCUUAGAAACAACAUCCCUAAAUGUCCAAACUGAGUACUGCUUGUCAUUUUCCCUCCAAAAUGUCAUGUGACUCGUUAGUGUUACUAGGUCCAGGUGUGCAUAUGGAGCAGGUGUGUUCAAAUUUAUAGUGCAGCUCUCACACUCUCUCAUACUGGUCACUGAGAGUUCCAACAUGGUACCAGAUGGCAAAGAACUCUCUGAAGAUCUUAAAAGACGUAUUGUUGCGCUACAUGAAGAUGGCCGAGGCUACAAGAAGAUUGCCAACACCCUGAAACUGAGCUGCAGCACAGUGGCUAAGAUCAUCCAGCGUUUUAAAAGAGCAGGGUCCACUCGGAACAGGCCUUGGGUCGGUCCAAAGAAGCUGAGCGCACGU